AUGAGUGCUACACCAGCCAAAGAGUUGGGUGAGCAAAACAAAAUAGAUACAAAUUUAAAUAAUUCACUUUCAAAAUCAAAUAUAUUAAGUCAACCAAAAUCUUUUUCAGAUUAUACUACUCCAUCUCCAACUGAUGAAGAAAGUAGUAAAUCUUUACCACCUAAAAAACAAUCACCAUCAAAUUCAGAACUUUUAUCAGAUUUAAAGAAAUUUAAUGUUGAUCAAACUAUAUAUAAACAUUAUGGUCAUCAAUCUCUGAUGAAUUCUCAAUCAUUAAAUAAAAUAAUUCAUAUAAAUUCACCAAAUGAGGAAGAAGUUGAAACAAAAAAAGAUGAAGAAUCGAUAACCAACAAUAAAUCUCCUGAAAAACUAGAAAUUGAAAAUAAAUUAGCUCAAAUGUUUGGAAUACUGCUGAAUUUGACUAAGGAUCGAAUUAAUUGGCCAUAUAAUGCAGAAACUUUAAAUGAUUUGGUUAGACUACAAAUCGAACAAGAAAAAACAAAACAAAAUCAAUUGAAAAAAGAUAUGGGUGAAAUAUUAAUAAAAUUAUUAUCCUUAACUAAAGAUUCCAAUAUAAAUAUUGAUUUAUUACCAUUCUUAUUUGUUUCAGAUUCCGUAAAUUCAAAUACAUUAAUUGAAAGGAUUGAUAGAUUGAAAAAUAAUGAUCCAAAUUUAAUAGUUAAAGAUAUUGUAGAACGAUCUAAACUGUUGGAUAAUAAUACUACUACAAAUCUUUCUUCAUCAAAUAAUCAACCUAGUGGCAUUAAAAGAAAACAUUCUGAUACUCAAUUACCAUCAUUUUCAGAAACUACUCAAAACAUAAAAACAUCUAGUGCUUUAGUAUCUCCUUUAAGAUCACCAGUCAAUAAACUGCCAGUCCAAUCUCAUAGAAGAAUUGUAUCUGAUAGUAGUGAUGUUAGCAUAAAAUCAUUAGUUUCUAAAGGUAUUUCACCCUCCAAUAAUCCACCCCAACUACCACUUCCAAACAGCAAUUUAUCACGCCCGCAAUUUCCUCAACACCAACCAUUUCUUCAUCAACCACAAACUCAACCUCAGAGUCAGCUACAACCUCCUAUUCCUGCCACAUUACAGGGCAGUUCAAGAACUCAAAGCCAAACCCAUCUGCAACAACAUCUGCCAACUAUACCAUAUCAAGCCCCACAACAGAGCUAUCAAUAUUAUUAUCCAACUCAACUUCCUCAAGCGUCUAUACAUUCACAACCACAAUCGCAACCUCAACCAAUUCCACAGCCACCAGUUUUUCAGGCUCAGCACUUACCUCAACCUCCUCCGCCUCAUCAACAACAACAACAACAACCAAUCAGCACCCAAUCUAAUACUGGAUCUCCAUAUCCACAAAAAUUUCACGCAUCAACUACUUCAAACUAUCCCAAUGUAGCAUAUCCCAAUUAUAAUCAAUCUAUAUCACAUUACGCAUAUUAUCAACCAAAAUCACCCGAUCACACUCAAGCAUACCAGCCAUCAGAACCACAAAUGAUACCACAGCAUCACCAUCAACCUGUACCACCCAAACCCUCAACAGUAUCCACAAAACAACAACAACAACAUCAGCAACAACAACCAAUCCCAGUGCCAACUCAUCAAUUUGAGACAUCACCAGAUCGUAAAACAACAUCUAAGUCAUCCAACCACAAUAAUGAAGAAAAUCCAUCUACAACAUCAACAACAUUAACUCCACCAAUGAAAAGAUCAAAACAUUCGAAAAAUAAUAAUCAUGGUGGAAUAAAUUUUAUGAUUACUACACCAAGUAAUCCGCCUGCAAGAAAAUAUAAUAACCCAAAGUAG